GGUAAACCCCACAAACCCAUUUUUCAAAUUUUCUUCUCUCCCUCCUCCUCCUCUCUCUGUCUCGCUCUCUCUCUCACAUCGCCCCCCCCUCCCUUUCUCUCACACUUUAUUCAGAUUUAGUUUCGGAAACAAAUCAAGAAAUUGUUUGCUCAGAGUUUCUUCCAGGUUUGGAUUAAAUGGGUGUCGAGAACUAUCAUGUCAUAGAGCUUGUGGGUGAGGGAUCGUUUGGCAAAGUGUAUAAAGGGCGGCGUAAGUUCAGUGGCCAGACGGUUGCUAUGAAGUUUAUCCCCAAACAUGGCAAAAGUGAGAAGGAUAUUCUGAACUUAAGACAGGAAAUAGAGAUUCUACGAAAAUUGAAGCAUGAAAAUAUUAUAGCAAUGCUGGACUCAUUUGAGAGCCCACAAGAGUUCUGUGUGGUUACAGAAUUUGCACAGGGUGAGCUUUUCGAAAUUCUCGAGGAUGAUAAGUGUCUCCCCGAAGAACAGGUUCAAGCAAUUGCAAAGCAACUGGUGAGAGCAUUGCAUUAUCUCCACUCAAACCGAAUAAUUCAUCGUGAUAUGAAACCACAAAACAUCCUCAUUGGUGCUGGCUCUAUUGUUAAGCUCUGCGACUUUGGUUUUGCUCGUGCAAUGUCUGCAAACACAGUUGUCUUGCGGUCCAUAAAAGGAACUCCUUUAUACAUGGCCCCAGAACUAGUACGAGAACAACCGUACAACCACACUGCUGAUCUCUGGUCCCUUGGUGUUAUUUUGUAUGAACUCUUUGUUGGCCAACCUCCAUUUUAUACGAAUUCAGUAUAUGCACUUAUCCGGCACAUCAUUAAGGAUCCAGUUAAAUAUCCAGACAAUAUGAGUUCAAAUUUCAAAAGUUUCUUACAGGGUUUGCUGAAUAAGGUUCCGCAGCACAGACUAACAUGGCCUGCUCUUCUUGAACAUCCAUUUGUUAAAGAAACUCCUGCAGAAACAGAAGAGAGAUGUAGUUUGACUACAGCAUCUACAAGAGGGUCUGAUGCAGCUCUGAGGCAAGAAAAGAAUGUGCAAAAGCCAAAUGGAUUGACUGUGGCAAGUCCAGAGAGUAAAAGCUGUUCUCCAGCUGGUGGUGAAACUGGGAAUAUCCAGUGUUCUCCGACCAAUCCUCAUUCUAAUGGAGCUAACUUUGCAACAGAUAAUGCCAUGCCAAGGGAGGAAUUUCCUGGUUUUCCUAAUCAGGGAGGUGUUCUACAGUCAGGUUGCCUAGUGUUGGACCGGUUGGAGAAUAAUUCCCGCACAGUUAAGGGUGCAAAAAUAAUUGGUCAAGAUAAUGAAGCAUUGGCUGCUAUUUUAUUACCAUUGAAAAAGUUGAGUGAUGGAUCCCAAAACUCUUGCAGGGAUCAGGAUGUUGUGACUUUGAACCAGUCACUAAGAAUACUCUCAAAUAUAAUUGUAGCUGGAGCUGUCAAUUCAAAGGGGAUUCUGGAUGAAAUAAUUGGUGGACUUCUUGGAUUUGCUUCUGCUGUAGUUCGGUUAAAAGUAUCUGAUGGAAAUGACUUGAUGGCAAAGAGCUUCUCAAUCGUGAAAAGAUUGCUAGAUACCAACGGAGCUAGUAUUGGUGAUCCUUAUUUCAGACAUUGGGUUACCAUAGUCGGAUUAUAUUCACAGGUUGCAGGUUGCAGUGAUGAAGUGUCUGGAAGAGUUCUUUAUGAAUGCGCUUCAUGUGUUGCAGUCAUGUUAUCUCAAGUGGCACAGUCUCUUAGAGCAUCUACAGUCACUUUGCACCCUGAGGCAGCUUCAGCCCCGUCAGUGGUGAAUAGAACUAUUCAACAAAUUUUGGACCAUGCUAGGUCUUCAGGUGUUCUGGAUUGUUUGUGCUUGUGCUUGGAAUCGUCAGGCUUGAGUCUCAUAUCAGGAUCUACGAAUUUGCUGCGAGCUGCCUGCGAAGCUUGUAGGGGAAUUUGGUCACUUAUUGAUGCAUUUGAAAUUCUCUCCAUGAAACAAAGUGCACUAUUUCCACUGAAUGCUUUGAGGAGCCAUUCUCCACUUCGGCUUGACAUUAAUGAGCAUGACGAGCGACCAUCACAUGCAACAAAUUCAGGAGAAGUCAUUGAUGCAAUCACAACAGCAUUUCUGAAGUCGAAAGCCAUACAGGUUGCUGUCUAUUUUUGUCUCCACCAACGUCACGAGAUUGGUCUCUGUGCUGGGGUGCAGCUUAUUUUGAGAUGUUGCAUGCACAGCGAACUUGUUAUGAAUGUUCUCUGUGGGUUGCCAAGCAAAUUACCUGUCACUACUGUUGUGAGUGGGGGUGGAGACGGCACAAUCAUUUCAGAGAUCUUCUCCAUACUUUCAUUUUGUGCUGCUUCAAAUAAAGAAGCUAAUGACACCGAAGCAGAUAGUUCAAAGCUCAAAAUCAUGGAUACACGUGCCUUGGUUAUGAACUCAUGUCUUCUACUUGCCACAGUUGCUCAGCAUUUGAAAUCAUCUGGAAGAAAUUCUGCACUAUUUAUGCUGACAUCAUCUUCAAAAAAGCAGUUUGCUAGGCUUUCUAUCCUUGCGCACCAUUUUUCUUCAGAUGAAAGGAUGCAGUCCUCAUUGCAACCUUCUUGUGCAGCUGCCAUGCUAGCUCUGGCAUCGAUUUUGACCCUUGAGAAGGGAACUUCGGUUGAAAAUGCCAUCUCUGAGAUCGCUCUUCCUUUAAUUCCACGAACAGCAACACUGUGUGACCAUCUCAGAGGUCCAGCAACUGAUGGAAAUGCAGGGAAUGUUAGCAUGCUGAAUGGGCUGCUCCCCUGCAGGCAUGGCAUCAGGGAUGGCUCUAUUGGGCUGUUGGAGUCCAGACUGAACUGGGGAGGACCUAUGGCUGUGCAACAACUAUGUGCAAGUGGUGCUCCACAGCUUCUUAUUGAUUUAUUGGCUAACAACAUUUCAAAUGCUUCUCAAAAAGGAUCUGUCUGCUCACAAGACCAAAUUGGAUUGUCGCCUGCUGGCGUUGUGUGGACUGUUUCUUCAAUAUGUCAAUGCCUUUCUGGUGGAGUUUCAACAUUUCGUCAGAUUUUGCUAAGGGCAGAACACAUUAAGUGCAUCACUGAUUUAAUAUCUGACGCUCAUCUUCAGCUUGUUAAGUCCUGGACUGGACCUGGUGGAGGGAAAUAUGGUGUGAGAGAUACAAUAAAUGCGGUGAUUGACCUCUUAGCGUUUCCUUUUGUGGCCUUACAGAGUGCACCUGGUUUCCCUUCUGCUAAUGCUUCUGUGAACAGCGGUUUCCUUCUGAAUGUGGGCUCUCCAGGUGGAAAGGUGUGUGCUGAAGACAAAGACAUGAUGAAAACAAUACAGACAAACAUGAAAAAGUAUAUUCAGAUUCUUCUGGAGGUUGAAGUUGCAGCAAUCAUUCUCCGCUGCUUGGACCAUAUGGAGUUGAAAGAUGUUGCCAGGCCAGUUGCAUUUAUUGCCAAACUUUCCACGCAACAGCCACUUGCUGCUCAACUUGUGGGCAAAGGCUUAUUGGUUCCAGCCAGAGCAAAAAGGUUGCUUAGCAACCCCUGCCCCAGGGAAGUGACCAUGGAUUUUCUUAUGAUUGUUUCAGAUUUAGCUCGAAUGGACAAGAUGUUCUAUGAGUAUAUCAAUGCAGCAGAUAUCUUGGAGGAUCUGAAGCACUUUUUGACACAUGAAGAUCCAAAUCUUCGUGCCAAGACCUGCAGUGCUAUUGGAAACAUGUGCCGCCACAGUUCCUAUUUCUACAAUUUACUGGCAAAACAUCAUAUCAUUGGUAUCCUCAUUGAUCGUUGUGCUGAUCCUGACAAACGGACGAGGAAAUUUGCUUGUUUUGCUGUUGGAAAUGCUGCCUAUCAUAAUGACUCGUUAUACGAUGAACUCAGAAGAGCAAUCCCUCAGCUGAAAAAUUUGCUGCUCUCAGAAGAGGAAGACAAAACUAAAGCAAAUGCUGCAGGUGCUCUUAGUAAUCUAGUUCGCAACUCCAACCGUCUUUGUGAAGACAUAGUUUCCAAGGGAGCAAUGCAGGCAUUGCUAAAGGUGGUGGCAGACUGUUCCGCAGUGGCAUUGAACCCAAGGAAGGAUGCCAUAAACGAGUCACCUCUAAAGAUAGCCUUGUUUUCACUGGUCAAGAUGUGUGCUUAUCCACAGUGUAGGCAAUUUAUUCGCUCUUCGGAACUAUUUCCUCUGAUAGCACAGCUUCGGCAAUCACCAGAAUCCACAAUAGCGAAUUAUGCCUCCUUCAUCACCAGUAAAGCUUCAGAAUCCUGACACAUCACUAACAGUUAAAAUAUGAAAAUUGCUAUCUCAUCCUCAAUAUGAUGUUGGAAAUCACUGUCAUUAGGUCCUUCAAGCAGAUUUUUGUAAUAAUUGUUUUACAAAAAUCUGUAUGCAUUAGUAUGCGAUGUACAUAAUCAUCUCCAGGAAGAAGUUAUCUUUCAUUGUUUCCACCAUUCACUCAUAUGGUAUGUGUCAAUAAUUUGAUGAAGAGGAAACCAUGAAAUGAAGCGAUAUUUUUACACAAUUUCUUGUUUUUCUUGUCCAAGUCAAUGUAAACCACUGUGAGCCAAGUAGAAUUGGAUGCAUUGUGGAGAGCAAGCAUCUUUGUACAUGCAAUGAUUUCUCUUGAUCGGUAAGGCAACUCAACUAGCUUCUUGUACUGGUUCUUUUUCGAUAGUAUUGUAGCAUAACUUAAUCCAAAAAUUGUUCUUUACUAAAUGUUCUUUAUGAAUCCUCACCUGCAAUGUUCUCUUUCUGUUUGGUGCAAUGGCUUUUUACCAAUUGCUCCGGAAGCUGCUGAUUCUAGAGUUGCUGAAGUCUAGACUAAUAGUACUGCUCUAUUAAGCCUCUUUCAGGUUUAUUUUUCAUGUUGUGUUUACAUACUCCCGUCCACAGUAUCAUUUCACCAGAUUUCCAGUUGAUAAAUAUGUUUCAAUAUUGCCAGCAACAACAAGAAGAGUAUGAUGAUUUGGAUAUACGAGUCUCCAGCCUUGUAUCACUCUCCGAAGACUACUUCUUUACCUCUAUUUGGCACAUAGUAGUUGAACAAAUUUCAAAUCUCCGGCAUAUCAUUUCACCAGAUUUCCAGUUGAUAAAUAUGUUUCAAUAUUGCCAGCAACAACAAGAAGAGUAUGAUGAUUUGGAUAUACGAGUCUCCAGCCUUGUGGGUUAAAAUAGAAAUAGAUUCAAAGCAUUCACAUAUUAUUGGAAUCUGUGACCUAGGAGAGCAGGAAUCCAUCAAGAUGAUAUUGUCUUUCAAGCAAAUCACGGUGAUAUGAUAUUUGAAAUGUCUUUCUGAGGCAAUAAAGUUCAAAUCUAUUUAUGAAAUUGAUUUACAACUUUCUUCACUGUAGAUCACUCCCUGGAGUGUCCAUGAUUAAGAAAAGCUUGCCAUACUAGGCAGCUACUCAAGAAAUAUAAAGGAACAAUUGUUCAAGUUUAUUAGUGAUGGAAGCAUCUGAUGCCCAAGAUCAUUUUGAAUUACCAAAAUGUUUACAAUUCAUCCAAUUAGAGACAAAACUCCUGAUAUAACCAGGUGAUACAAAGGUAUGAAGAGAUGAGAAAGGAAAGCACAAGAGUCUUAAAUGAAUGCAUCAACCUCUUUUUGAUUAAACUUCAACUGGAGUUUCCAUCACUGGAAUUAUGAAGAAGAGCAAUACAGCUUGCAAAAUGCAUGAUACAUUUUGACAAGAAUCCACAGAAAAUGUUAGACAAAGAAAGAUUUUCAUACUUCAACCUGCAAAUAAUUUCUUUUUCUCAGAAGAGAUUCAAAUAUUAAAAACUUGUCUGGCAUUGGCUAGCUGGAUUGAAAAUA